AGAGUCACGUGGUCCGGCUGGCGGGUAGUGACGUAGCCUUGCCCCGCCUCCCGUUGUCGUCCAUUCAUUCGGUGUGUCUGUACGGACCGGUGAUUAAAAAAAUAAAUAAAUAAAAAUGGUGGAGAAGGAGGAAGCGGUGAUCAGUGAGGAGGAGGCCGCACAGUAUGACCGGCAGAUCCGCCUCUGGGGGCUGGAGGCGCAGAGGAGGCUCCGAAAAUCUAAAGUCCUCCUGGUCGGGUUGCGGGGACUGGGCGCCGAGGUGGCGAAGAAUCUCAUCUUGGCCGGAGUGAAGGCGCUGACAUUGAUGGAUCAUCAGGAGGUGUGCGAGGAGGACUGCCGUGCUCAGUUCUUGACGCCAACUGGAUCUCUCGGACUCAACAGAGCAGAAGCUUCCCUGGAGCGGGCACAGAAUCUCAAUCCGAUGGUGGAAGUGACUGUGAAUAAAGACAACAUUGAAGAGAAGGGGGAAGACUUCUUUAAGGAUUUUGAUGCAGUAUGUCUGACCUGCUGCUCCCGGGACCUGCUAGUGAGGGUGAAUCAGAUCUGCCACAAAAGAGACAUCAAGUUCUUCAUGGGGGAUGUUUUCGGCUAUCACGGAUACAUGUUUGCUGACCUCGCUGUGCAUGAGUUUGUUGAGGAGAAGACAAAAGUCACGAAAACCACUCAGGACGGUGAAGACGGCCCGGAAGCGAAGAAGCCUAAGAUUGACUCUACAGAAAGCACCAUGAUCAAAAAGAAAAUAGAGUACUGCCAGUUGAAGGACGCCCUGGAAAUCGACUGGAACAGCGAAAAAGCCAAAGCUGCGCUGAAGAAAACGCCUUCCGACUACUUCCUUCUGCAAGUUAUCAUGAAAUUCCGCACUGACAAGGGAAGAGACCCUCAGCCAAGUAGUUUCCAAGAGGACUGCGAAGCGUUGCUUCAGAUCCGCAACGACCUGCUGGACUCUUUGGGUGUUAACCCUGAUCUCCUGCCAGAAGACUUUGCCAGCUAUUGUUUUUCGGAAAUGGCUCCUGUCUGUGCCGUUGUGGGAGGAGUGCUGGGCCAGGAAGUAGUUAAGGCCCUAUCCCAACGAGAUUCCCCACACAAUAACUUCUUUUUCUUUGAUGGGCUAAAGAGCAGCGGCAUUGUUGACUGUUUGGGCGCCAAAUGAUGAAGGAUCCACGUUGGUCAUUUAUGUUUUGGAGGGUUUGCAGAUUUUGUGAUAUUUGGACCGGAAUUUGCACCAAUAUCCCCGGCACUUUGUAGAUCCAGUAUCUGUUCCUACUGGUGGGUGACCACCUAGGACAGUGGGCUCCAACCUGCGGACCUCCAGAUGUUGCAAAACUACAACUCCCAGCAUGCCCGGACAGCCAACGGCUGUCCGGGCAUGCUGGGAGUUGUAGUUUUGCAACAUCUGGAGGUCCGCAGGUUGAAGACCACUGACCUAGGAGAUGGCGGCUGUUAUGUUGUCACCGCUUCUCCUGAUCCACCAGCCUGAAGAUGCAGAUAGAGGAUUUUCGGGAAUACCAGCUCUCUGGUCCCUAAAUAUUAAUUUUUGUACUGACCUUUGUGGGAACCAAGUAUAUAAAUGUCACAUAAACACAUUUUUGGCCUUUUUUUUUUUUUUUUAUUAUAUUGCUUAAAACUGUAUUUUUGUUCAAAAUUUUUUCAAUAAAAAAUCCUAUAAAUCUGCAAUGAAGAGUCAUCAUUACUA